AGUACAGUACCGGACAUAAAUGCUGUGUGAUUUUCUAUAGGAGGGUAUAGGGAAAUCGCAUGUAUAACCUUCAAAAAAUUAAACAGCAUUUAUGUCCGGUACUGUAGUAGUGUUCUUCAGUCAAUUCUAGCGAUAUUUUUCGGCUAAUAUAGUUUUUAUAAUUGUUUAUUUUACCCUAGACAAAGUAAAUUAGCUAAAUAAAAUGCCACGAGGAAAAUUCGUAAAUCACAAAGGACGUAAUCGUCAUUUCACUAAUCCCGAGGAGUUAGAAGAACAACGACGACAGGACGAGGAACGAAAAAAGUGGAGAAGUAAAAAACAAGAUGACACAUCUAGUGAAGAAGAAGAGGAAGAAGAUAAACCAACGAGCAGUAAGGCCAAGCAAAAUGCUACCGCCUCUGAAUCUGAUAGCGAAGAAGAAUCAGAUUCAGACGAUGAAGGGGAGGUAAAGGCCAAAGGAGUUGAAAAUUUAAUUGAAGUAGAAAAUCCAAAUAGGGUACAGAAAAAAGUUAAAAAAUUAUCUAAAUUGAAUGAUGCUCUUUCGCAGUCUUCGAAACCGGAGCUUUCCCGGAAAGAAAGAGAACAGAUAGAAAAACAAAGGGCAUAUGCGAAUUAUCAAAAGCUGCAUGCUGCAGGUAAAACUGAUGAAGCACGUGCAGAUUUGGCUAGAUUAGCUAUAAUUAAGCAACAAAGAGAAGAAGCAGCCAAACGAAGAGAAGAUGAAAAAAAACAAAAAGAAAUGGCAGCUCAGAAAAAAAAUGAGCUAACUCAAAAAGCCCUUGGAAAACGAACUUGAAAAAAUAACUUACAUAUAUAUAUAUAUCUCUUAAUAUACUUGAAUAAGUAAUUAACAUCAAUGUAAAUUUUUAGUUACAAUAUGAAUUUUUUGAAUGAUUUAAUCUCUACUUUCUUAUCAAUAAAAAUUUAUUCAAAACAAUUAUUAACUUUGCUUA